AUGCAUCCAGUUCUUCUAUAUGCAGACCUCACUCUGUGCUUGGCGUUGGUGGUCCGUGCACAGAGUCCAUCAUGCCCGUCUCUGUGCACCUGUGUGCUCCAUGAUCGCAGCAACUCCAAAGGACUCAGAACUGUGCUCUGUAAGAACCCAGCCUUGACUGCCAUUCCAAUUGACUUGCCAUCUGAUACUGUCAAAUUUCGCCUAGAGCGCACUUCCGUUUCCAGGAUCUUUAGAGGUGCUUUCUCUGCCAUGCCAGAACUGCUUUAUUUGUGGCUUACAUACAACUCCAUUACCAUUCUACAUCCAAGGAGUUUUACAAACCUGUCUUCCCUUCAUGAGUUACGAUUGGACGGGAACCUUUUGUCCACUUUCCCCUGGGAGGGACUCAGAGACGUGCCCCACCUCCGAACACUUGGACUUCACAAUAACCGCCUGGCACGAAUCCCACCCCUGGCUGCGCGUUACCUUGGCAAUGUGACUUAUCUGGACCUCUCGAGCAACAGGCUAAGCACCCUUCCCAAUGAUCUGACUGCUCUCUGGCCGCUCAGUGACGCCACUCAAAGCCAGCGCUCAGUGGUUCUAGACUCAAUGUGUCAUCACGUCACCCUUCAUCCAUUUCAUCCUCUCACAGGUCUUCAGGAUAACCCCUGGGUGUGUGACUGUAGGCUUUCCACCUUGCUUGACAUUAGUAAAGCCCCGGAAUCCUCUCUGGUCCUGUUGGAUCGGUUCCUGACCUGUAGUGGACCGCCAGAUCUCGCUGGAGUUCCCUUUCAGAGUGUGGAGCUCACUCGCUGCCGCAGGCCCUUCGCGGUGACCUCUGCUACAAAGAUCACAGCUUUACUGGGUAGCAAUGUUCUACUUCGCUGUGAUGCAACAGGAUACCCGACUCCAACAAUUAUGUGGAUAAAAUCUGCCAGACCCAUCCUUUAUAACCAAGCUUGUUGCAAGCAGAUGCAAAGCAGCAUUGACUCCGAAAGAUUGCCCAGAAAACUUUCUGGCUAUGUACUUGAGUCUCCACGUGUGGGAAUCCGUUGGUCGGCGGUCAGUCUUAAUGGAAUAUCCUAUAGAGAUGGAGGGGAGUACCGAUGCAGAGCACAAAACAUGGCAGGGAUAUCAGAGGCCAUUGUCAGUCUGAAUGUGGUCGGAAUAAUGGCGGAUUACGCAAACUCAAAAAACUCAAGUCAACAGCAAAGAGUUGCAAAAUCAGACUAUUCACAGAGGAAACCCAAACAGAAAUCCAAGGCGAUACCUUCUUUGUUACCUCGAAACAUGACUGGAAAGCCCUCCCUUCCAAAGAGAGUCAUAAAAAUCCCCAAAGCCAGCAGAGACAAAAUGAAAAGGGACAGGACAGCUGUACAGAACCUGUCACAGAAACACUUUUUGAUCGCUUCUGAAAAUCCACUUCACAAAAAACAAACACCUCAUACUGGUGCUACAUCUGAGAGAUCAUCUAGCCGCUGGUUCCUUGUGUUGCUGCCCGGUUUUCUCACCAUCAUCCCACCUGAUCCCACCUCUUCCUCCACAGUCCUCAAGCCCGCUGUCACCCAGGACUGGUCUCAGUGGUCAUCCUCCCUGCCUGACAUCGUCUCACUCUCCUAG